CAGUAAAUUUUACUGUCAGUGUUAUGUCACUGUAAACACUCCACGGACAUUUACGCCUAUGAUUUGCUGCUUGUCGAGUCUAAUAUGCCUGCAUCUACUCAGGACAGCCUGCUCAUACGGUAACGGUACUAACUGACGUUACAUCGUCUCUCUUCCACACCCCCUCUUCCACUGCCUCUGCCAGUCUCUGCACUGCUGGUCCGUAUCCCUUGUGUGCCACAGGCAGCAUCACAGCAGCGGACAUUUGGCGAACGAGAGCACGGGCUGCGGUCGCAUACUGCGCGCUUACGAUUGGCGCGGACGUAGCGGUGGAACACAGGAUUGUAAUUUGAUUUCCUCCGUGCUGUGCGCUGUUUCUGAAUAUCGUUCCUGCCUCGACACCCCUUCCUACCCUGCUUGUGUGGAUGGUUGACUGCAGAUUUGAUGGUGUUGAGCAGGCUCGUCUGAUUGAAGGCUUGCGGCCAGGGGGCCAUCUGUGGGGCCGCAGAGAGAGAGAAAAACCUCUGUCCACGGCUAAGUCCGUUCUGUGCCCUGUGAUUGUGAAUGGACUGCGCUCCCUCCGUGAUUUUCUGCAGUCGCUUUGAGUCAUUUGUGGAAGAAGAUGGCGGACAGGGCUGAGAUGUUUUCCCUAUCCACUUUCCAUUCCCUCUCUCCUCCUGGCUGCAGGCCAGCCCAUGACAUCAGCCUGGAGGAGUUUGAUGAUGAAGAUCUCUCUGAAAUCACAGAUGACUGUGGGAUUGGACUCAACUAUGACUCUGACCCAUAUGAGAAGGAUUCUCUCAUUCUGGAGAAGAAUGACAUGCACCACCCAGUGUGCUCCUUCCAGGACGACUUCCAAGAGUUUGAGAUGAUUGACGAUGAAGAUGAGGAUGAUGAGGAGGAAGAAGAAGAAGAUGAAGAGGUUGACCCAGAUGCUCCCCCAUCCCCCUCUGCCUCCCCUCCUCCUUCCCCCACACAUGGUACACUGAAGAGCAGACCCACCACACUGAACCUCACCGCUGCUGUGUCGCAAGAUUCUCUGAACAACAACAGCAGUCUGUCACCAAAGAAAGGAAGCUGGCAGGACUCUCUACGCAACCCUGCUUCACAGGGCCGUCUAUCUCCAACCCACCCAUGUCUAGAAGACGAUAGCCAUGUGACAGGCCAGUGCCCGGCAUCUCCAGUUUCACAGGCACCAGGGUCUCAGAGCAAAGGUACUCCACCAAAACAGGCAGGGGAGGGCGGGAACCCCCAGUCCCCUCACAGGCCCCUCCUCUGCGACAUGGAGGGCAACAGGCGGGAGAGGCCCGAAUACGGCUCAUUUGAUCAACAUAAGUCUGUCUCAUGCUCUGGUAAUGUCACAGAGCCAAAAAGCGACCCUUUAAUCCAGACAACCAGAGCGCCAUCCGUAGAUGAGCACUCCCAGUGUUCAGACACAGAGGUGGACCAUGACCUCAACAGCGACCACAACCACAAACACUCAAACCGGUGUGCCACUGACACCUACACAAUCACCAGCGAGUCAUAUAUGGAGCCGGAGAAUGACCUAGACCCAGAUGGAACAAGUCACUGCUUCUCCUCCACUGCUCCCCUGGGAGCCAACGAUGGCGCUGACACGCCCUUGUCUGAUGAGGAGCUGGAGAAGGACUUUGAAGUUGAGCUCAUGUGUAAGGGGACCUAUGACAUGGUGUGUAAAGAUAAUCAGUCAUCAUACGUUGAAUUUCCCUCCAUUGAACCCUUUGAGCCUGCCUCCUUCUCCAGCUAUGUGUCCUCCAGCCCUUUAGAUACUCUUGACCCAUCUAAUAGUUCACAAGCUCCAGCAGCUUCUGCCUUGGAUGCAGCAGCUAAUGACUCCACCUCUCCAUCCUCAGACCCAGGGAUAGCCGAUAUGAACCAGCAAGGUUACGUGACUUCAGACCAGGACAAAGACCUCAGCUCUCCAAACUCUGACUCUGAUGUUGAAGGGGAGCUGGAGGCUGCGUUUGCAUGUGACGAUCCUGUAGUCUCCAACAUGAUCUCCUCUAUCUCAGAAACAGAGCUGGACCUUACCAGUGAUGACAGUAGCAGUGGACGCUCAUCCCACCUCACCAACUCCAUUGAGGAGGCCAGCUCUCCUACAUCAGAUCAGGAACUCGACCCAGAUACAGAAUUAGAGCAAGACAGUGGAAUCGUUGGAUUGAAAGCAUCUCUUCUGCUGGGCCAGCCUGACCCCAUCAAAGAAGGGUCUCCUCUUCCCUCUCCUUCCUCACUACCCUCACCCACUAUUGCUACACCAUCACCUGUUGACUCACCCAUCCUACCCACUGAGUCCUAUGAUGAUGGUCAGGCUCUGAUGGGCCUGCAGAAUGUGGAUGAUGAGCUGUCCGAUGAGCACCAGGCUGACCCAGAUGAGACUCUGCCACCAGCCCAAUGCUGUGAGGACACCCUGUCCAGACAGAUGGUGCUCCAGAUUGAACCAGACCACAGCCUAGAGAGCUUCAAACGCUCCUUCUACCUGCCAGUAGGACCCAGGUUAAUGCCAGCCACAGAUGAAUAUGAUGAAACUAGUGAGGGAGAUUCAGAAUCAGAGAGUGAAGACGACCUGAGCGAGAACUCAGACUCACCCUGGUUGCUCAGCAACUUGGUCAACAGGAUGAUCUCAGAGGGCUCCUACCCAAUCAGCUGUCCUGAAGAGUGCUUCAAGAGGAGGGCAUCUGUGUCGGACACCAUCACACCAUCCUCAGACAUAGGAGAGGGAGAUGGCUUCAAUGAUGAGGACCAAGAGAGGAAAGCAGGGAUGGAUGGAUUAGAAGAAGAAGAGAAGGAAGGUGAGGGGUACAGUAAGGAAAGGAUGGUGCCAGGAGAAAGAAAAAGUGUGGAGUCUUCAAAAGAAGGAGCAGUGAUGAGCCCCUGUCUCUAUAUGAGCAACCCCACUGGUGACACUGUAACUCCUUUGAUUUUAGAGCGCUGUGCAAGCAAUGAGAGAGGAACCCCUGAUUUCAGCUCCUUGUAUACCACUAAAGACUCUGAAAAGAACCUCACAGACAAACUAUCAAAGAAUGCCAGGAGGCUGGAGGAAGAUGAAGAGCCCAAUAACGACUUGAUGAUGUUAAAGGGGAGGAAGGAUCUGGACUCACCAAGCCUCAGUGAGAGUGUGGUCAGCGACAAGGAUGAAGGUCGAGAGACUGAGCCCAGGCCAACGAGCCGCUCCUCAGCCUCUCUUGAGCAUAUCACAGAGGUCAAGCACAGCCUGACGCUGGACAUCCCCACCACCCAGACCAACCGCUGCUUCAGCCUGACCUACUCCACAGACAAUGAUGAAGAGGAGGAUGAUGGGGACUCCUAUCCAUUCCUGAGCGGCUUGAGGAAGCAGUCUUAUACGGGUAGUGACUUAGAGCUUGACAGUUCACAACCCAUUGAUUCUAGUGUGCAAGACUGUCCUUUAUCUGACCAUGACCUUCCACUGUGUGAGAAAGAACUGGCUCUAAGUCAACCAAAUGAAGACAAUGGACUGGCCUAUGACUCCAUGAAGUACACGUUAGUGGUGGAUGAGAAUGCUACUCUAGAAUUAGUCAGCCUCAGAAGGUGCACCUCCGUCCUGAGUGAUGACAGUGAGCUCUCCACGCUAUGUGAUGAGGAGCCUUUGGGAAUGGGCGAGGUGGGCUAUGCUCAAGAUGAUGAGGAGGUGAGGCCAGAACUUCUCAGUUCUUCUGAGGACUCCUCCCCGGAGGCUGACCUCCCAUUCUCUAAGAAGUUCCUCAAUGUGUUUGUCAACAGCACCUCCCGUUCCUCCAGCACAGAAUCCUUUGGACUUUUCUCCUGUACCAUUAAUGGAGAGGAGAGGGACCAGACACACAGGGCAGUCUACAGGUUCAUUCCCAGACAUGCGGAUGAGCUGGAGCUGGAUGUUGAUGAUCCUUUAUUUGUGGAGGAAGAAGAGGAUGACUACUGGUACAGAGGCUAUAACAUGCGGACAGGGGAGAGGGGCAUCUUCCCUGCCUUUUAUGCCCAUGAGGUCAUAGGCCAGUCUAAGGAGCUGUUGGGAAUGAAGCGAAACCCAGCAUGGAUUGAGACUUUCAGCGUUCCGUUUUUGGGGUCUGUUGAGGUACCUUAUCACCAAGGCAACGGCAUUCUCUGUGCCGCCAUGCAGAAGAUUGCAGUAUCAAGGAAACGAACGGUACACGUGCGUCCUCCUUCUCUGUGUGAACUGGAAAUUAGCCUGCAAGGAGUGAAACUGAUCAUGAGCCUGGAGGAUGAAUAUGAUACCCUUGAUGAGUAUGACAAAUGUAGUCACUUCUUCCAGAUGAAGAACAUCUCCUUCUGUGGAUGCCAUCCAAAGAAUAACUGCUACUUUGGCUUCAUCACUAAGCACCCGAUGCUGAACAGAUUUGCUUGCCAUGUGUUUGUAUCCCAGGAGUCCAUGCGACCUGUAGCAGAGUGUGUUGGGCGAGCCUUCCAGGAGUACUACCAGGAACAUCUGGAGUAUGCCUGCCCCACCGAGGACAUCUAUCUGGAGUGACAGGUGUUACCAUGACAACCACUUUCCUCAUCCACAGCUAGAGUUAUAUUCACCAAGUUUGCCACCAGAGGGCACUCCCACUGGGGUCUUCUCCAUUGUAAACUACUCUUCUGUGCCCUUCUGAAACUGGGAUCUUCAUUUCUACAGUAUGCUAGGAAUCUGACUGAUUUCAGUCAUUUCUCUCUGUCUUCGUUUAUUUCCAUCAUCUCAAUGCAUUGAUUGCCUGUUUCUUUUAUCUUUUUCUAUGAUAUAAAACUAAGAUGCUGAGCACCUGUUUAUUUAAAGGUUCCUCUUUUGAAAUGAAAUAUACCUACUACUGCUGUUUCACUUUUCAAUGCAUGGCUAGUAGGGUUACUGCACACAGACACCAAUAAAUACACAUAUCCAAGUGAAUGGCAAGCAGCUCAACAAUCAGUAAGGGAGUGGUGUAGAAUCAAGAGUUGGCAUUUAUUUAACUGUAAAUAUGUAUUUGUUCAUUACUGACAAAAUGCUAAUUUGGUUUCUACUGAUAGCGACAUUGGAGCACAGUAGAGAGACUACAGUGAACUGUCCUUGGUCUGAGCUUACCCGUGUCAUGUACAAGAUGUAGUGUGUGCUGUAAAUACAUGUAUAGAAAGUAGACAUGCAGCCACUUCAUCCAGGCAAUUUAAGACACACUUGCAUUUGAGAGGGAUGGUGGGGAUUUGCUUCUUAUUUUUGUUGUGCCAGGAAGAACUGCAGGUUUAAGAGAUUUUUUAUAAAGGUUGUAAUGACUUGGAAUGAACGUUGAAUGUCAUUAGCCCUGCAGAUGUUAUUCAGCUUGGAAUAGGUGAAGUACUGUAACUGUCAGCACAUUUGGAUGAUACAACAGGACCAUUUUACUUUGUCCAGUCCUCAAAACUGCUUUAUGACCUUCACAACAGAGAGCUUUCACUGGAAAUCAUCCAGAUAUUGAAACUGCAAAUUGAUCACUGUAUGCUUGCUAUGAUUGAUGUGACUUCUGGGUCAAAGAAAGUCACUCUGAAAAGCCAUAUACUCAUAUUCUUUGACUGUUUAACUCUGGUUUUCAGCGACAUCCUCGUCUGUUUUCAUUUGACUUGGUAAUUUCAACAAGGGAAAAUGAAUGUCUAGACUAACCAGUACCCACAUGCCAGUAAUGCUGUAUGACAGUGCACCCACACUGCAGUGAGUGUCCUGCUUAUUUGUGGUCCUGGUAACACAAUCGGAGCAAACCUUUAACAAACCGUUAAAAGAGAGUUUUUAUAGCUAUGCAGUGGUUAGAUUUUUAUCUUUUUUUUUAAGUAUGAUGGCCAGAAGGGGUGGUCACUGCUCUGGGGUUGUUGUGGCAUAGCUUACAGUUUAGCACCUUGCAUAAGAGAGGGGCUCUAUUUAAAAAUGAUGCAGUCACUGCAGUCAACCAUUAUCUGAAAUUUCAGGCUUGAAGUUUCCCACUCCCUACUUUCCCCAGCGUUCUUUCAUACACUGUCGAGCAUCUUGUUCUUCUGCUUUCAGCCACAGUCCACCAGGAGAAACAAGAUCUGUAGGAUUUCAGUGUUAACAAGUUCACUGAACAUUGACGCAGCGGGGGUGGGGCUGGGUGUCUACACAUGUAUUGCUGUUAGCUAGAUCAUGUACAGUAUAUACAAUAGCGAAUCUAAGAUAGUGCUGUCCUUUAUGUUGAGUAUGUUACUGAAAUGAAUAUGUACAUUAAUUAAAAUGACAUUUAAAAAAAAGAUCAGAACCAACAAAAAUCCCUGAAAGAAAAGAAAAACACAGUGACCUGCAAUCAUUUUAUUUCAGUGUUAUGUUUCUACAGAGGUGUUAAUCUCAGUAUUUGUCACACGGGUGGCAUUUGGGGUUUCUGCCAGCUCCAUAACUCUCAACAGACAGGCUUCAGCAGCACUUUUAAGUGCACAUUUGUAAGAUGUGACGUCAUUAUUGUGUGACACGCCUACCAGACAACCGACUAAUAUGCUGUUAGAGCUGAAUAGUGACUGACUCGGCUGCAACUAUAAUUGUGUCUUGCUGAUUAUAGUGAAGGCGUUUGAGCUCCAACAGUGUGACCCAUCUCUGAUUUUGAUAUUUUUGAUUGAUUUGAUUUAUUCUUUCAAGCAUGUAAAGACAGUUGAUAUGUCAACACACAUAAU